UUCAGAGAGAAUGUUGACUCUUCAAACAAAUCUCUAUUAAAAUUUGUUUAGGAUGUCUGAGAAGCCCAAAACUUCUGAGAGAAUUGAUGAGCAGUAUUUCUCAAAAAUUGUGGAAGACUUCAGCAGCCGAGCAAUGAAGCUGGAAAGCGACUUGUUCAGAUUAAACAAGACAGCAUCAAUUGUAGACAUAAGAGUGGAAUACCAGGAAAUAGAGAAGUUCUCUGUCAUCAACCGUUUUGCGAAGUUCCACUGCCGGGGGCAAUCAGAUGCAGCAGAGACCUCAUCAUCGGGUGGCACAACUCCAACUGCACUGAAAUCAUGUCCACAAAGAUAUGUCACUGCAUUUCCCAUGCCUAGGACAGUGCCUGAAGGAGCACCAUGUCUUUCACUUUGAUCACUGAUGAUCAAUCACUUCACCUCUUGCAUGCCCCUUCGAUCCAUACUCUGUUUUCCGUUGCCUCUGUCUGCUGCAGCCUGUAGUCUUUUUUCAAUAACCUCAAUGCCGGUGCACAAGAAAACCAAUGAAAAGGGCCCCCCCAAAAAAAAAAAGAAAAAAAAGGGGGAAAAUUUGGGGAAGGUGAACUGCUAGAAAUUGAAGCCGUUUGAUCUUUUUGAUCAAGCCCGGUUGUUGUCAAUUUUGAGGAAGUAUAUAUUGUUCUUAAUAUAUUUUCAUGAGAAUUUAAGGAGAUUCAUGGAGUAACCCAAUCAUCUUUCCUAGGGUUGUUACAUUAAUCAACUAAAUUUACAUGUAUUUCAUAUGAAUUUCUGG